AUGGUUAACGUUCCAAAGACCAGAAGGACCUACUGCAAGGGUAAGCAAUGCCGCAAGCACACCCAACACAAGGUCACCCAAUACAAGGCCGGUAAGGCUUCCUUGUACGCUCAAGGUAAGAGACGUUACGACCGUAAACAAUCCGGUUUCGGUGGUCAAACCAAGCAAAUUUUCCACAAGAAAGCUAAGGUUACCAAGAAGGUCGUCUUGAGAUUGGAAUGUGUUGUCUGCAAGACCAGAGCUCAAUUGCCUUUGAAGAGAUGCAAGCACUUCGAAUUGGGUGGUGAAAAGAAGCAAAAGGGCCAAGCCUUGCAAUUCUAA